UUAUCAAAUGUGAAAGUUGGUGCCAACAAAUAUACAUGGAUUCACACCCUGCAUUGGUCUGAACAUCACACCCAGUCAAAUGCAGCAGGUUCCUUCUUGCAUGCGACGUCUUUCAGGUAUGUUGACGUGGUUCUCAUAGAGGACAGAAAAAUUUCUGUAUGAAUACAGUUCUUCCAUGGGAGAAUGGCUUGUUUCCUUUAUUCGUGGUUGACCCCUCUAUUUCGGUUAUAAACGCACGCUAUUGUGGGUGGCUCUGAAAUCUAUAAAUCCCCAUCAUCUCUCUCUCUCUCUCUCUGGCUUUGACUUCAAGAAACACAUAAUCAAAUCCAGCGGAACAUCACAAGCUUGAGUCCCCAGAAUGUUCAGCAUCCUACUACAUUUGCUCUGUGUGACUUUGUGUCUGCAACUGCAACAAGGUUUGUCUGGUCCUCAAUGCUUGGAGCACCCACCCAACCUUAACGGAACCUCCGGAGCUGGAAGAGUUAUUCAAGUUGGAGGCUUGAAGGCCUAUGUUACUGGCCCUCCUCAUUCCAAGCUUGCCAUAAUCCUCGCAUCUGAUGUCUAUGGAUAUGAAGCGCCAAACUUAAGGAAAAUUGCGGACAAAGUUGCUAGCACUGCUGGAUUCCAUGUUGUGGUUCCGGACUUCUUUUAUGGAGAGCCAUACAAUCCUAACAACACCCAGAGGAAUAUGACAGUCUGGCUUAAGGACCAUGGAACAGAUAAAGGUUUCGAAGAUGCUAAACGUUUAAUAGCUGCUCUAAAGAAGAAAGGGGCAUCCAAAAUAGGAGCUGCAGGGUUCUGUUGGGGAGGCAAAGUAGUUGCGGAGCUAGCAAAGGGUUAUUACACUAAGGCUGCAGUUUUGCUACACCCUUCCCGUGUAACUCUUGAUGAUAUUAAAGAGGUUAAGACUCCAAUAUCCAUAUUGGUCGCUCAAUUUGACAAUGGCACUCCACCUGAACUCAUGAAGCAGUUUAAAGAGGUUUUAUCCACUAAUAAGGUUGACAACUUUGUGAAAAUAUUUCCUGGUGUUUCGCAUGGAUGGACUGUCAGGUAUCAACAAGACAAUGUGACUGCUGUCAAAAGCGCUAACGAAGCUCAUCAAGAUAUGUUGGACUGGUUUACUAAGUAUGUUCAAAAAAGAUAAUUCUGUGGAUUGUGAAAUGCCUGCCAUCAUUUUUACAAAGUUUUGUCUCAGCUUACCGUAGAAUCAUUUGUCAAUAAAGAAUGGUGAGCAGGAAAAUUAGGAGAAAUGUAAGCUGUUCUAAACUUGCUUCCUUUGAGAUUUCCGAAAUACAAUAUAUAGUUACUAAAAAGCACUAUUUGGC